UGGAUAGGACUCGCAUCAAUACCUGCUAGUGGACGCCUGUGCAGAGUACCACACACUUUAAUCAAACCGUUUCCAGAUUGCUGCGCUGCAUCAUGAACUGUAAAGGGGUCUGUCUAAGUCUACUGUGUGUCGCUUUACUCUUUAGCUUCAGCGAUGGAGCUUGUAAAAAGGAGUUUGCGAGCUACCGUUUGGACAAAGCUAGGAAAUCGAUUACUUUCUUUUGUUCGCAUCGGGGAAUGGAUUGGUCACAUGGAUUGAUGCGGUUUGAUGCUUUCUGCGAGGAAUGCUACUGCUUCGGGUUUUCCAUGGAAUGCUGCGAAUCAGCAGAUGUCUCGGGCGUCAUCGCGGUGGAGGGUUGUGAAAAGGAAAUACGGGGAUGCAGAGCAGUAUUUUACAAAUUUGAUAAAGGAAUAAAAAUAGACUGUCUUACGGGUCGACCAUUCCACGGCAGGCCCGGGUUCUGAGACCAAAGUUCCAUCUUUUGUAUACUAGUUUAUUUAAAUUCUGAAUGUUGUGUAUUUAUUAAAAAUCUGAAAUAGA